AUGAAGGAUUCAACUGAUUUGUCAUUAAUCAGUCAAAAUUCGUUAUCAUCAUUAAGACGUAUUUGUACAAAUGAACUUUCAAUACGUAAUCAUCCAUAUAUUAUUUCAAUGUGUAUUAAAAAUUUUGAACAAAUUCAACUAGAUAUUAAAGUUCGAGCAAAAGAAAGUGCUGAUCAAUGGAAAUCAAGUUUUAAUGUAACUGAUAUUGAAACAAUGACAGAAAAAACAGGCAAUUUUAAAACAUUUAAUGUAUUUGUUAAUAUGAUAGAAGAUGCCAUAAAUCAAAAAAAUUCUUCAGUAAGCAUUGAUUUAUUUACUUAUGAUGAUAUUGAAUUAAUAGGUAAAAAGCAAGAAAAUAAAAAGAAAACUUCGAAAACAAAACCAACAAAUAAACGUUAUUUAAUAUUAAUAUAUAAUGGCGAAUAUGAUUGUAUUUAUUAUCCAUUAUCUCUUCUGUAUUGUGGUAAACCAGAUACUGUUAUAUUAAUAGGACAAAUUCAUCAAUUAGCAACUGAAAAUGAAUUAUUAAAAUCUCGAGUUGGAUCAGAUAUUAAUCAUUAUGAUUUCAAAGAAGAAUAUUCGCGUUUGAAAAAAGAAAAUGAUGAUUAUCGUCAAAAAUUAUUAUUAUAUGAUGGAAAAGAAAAAGAUCUACAAGUUGAAUAUUUACGUCAAAUGAUUCGUGAAAUUGAAUUUGCUUUAAUUAAAGAACAAACUAAUUUACAAAAAACAAAAGCAUUAAAAAAUGAUCAUUAUAAAAAACUUAAUAAUCAAAUUGAAUUAUUAAAAACAUCUGAAAGACAAUUAAAAUUAAAAGUGAACAAUUUAACAAAUGAAAUAAAUAUACUUAAGAAGAAGUAA